AAGCUAUAUCGGUGCACUGCACAGGUGUGUACAAAGGUGUUUACGCCGCCAACCACAAGUGACCUUCCUAAAGAGACCGGUGAUUGUGCACUUGCCAGCGGGAAAAAUGAUUUUCGCCUGCUUCUCUACCAAUGUGUGUUCCAUUUAAAAGUAGACCGCAGUGUACGAGUGUGAUUCCGCAUCGUCACCCCUGGAAAGCGACAGCGGUCGGAGCGCUCAACGCAGGCGUUGCAUGCUCGGGCUCUUUCUUUCUUUUCCUUUUUUUCCCCGAUCGCGCAACCAACUGUUGCUCGCAGCGGCUGUCGCCAUUCGGCCCAGCUCGGUCGCGAGAGAUGUAGAGAAAGAGGGCACGAUGUCUGUCGCUAGCGAAAUAAGCCUCCCCUCGCGGUACCACCACUACCACCACCACCUUGCCUCAGGAGCUUUCCCCCUGCGAAACGCCGCAAGACGCACACAAUCCGCCGCCACCGCCACCCACCGGCGGGAGUAUGACGCCAUGGCGGAGAGCACGCAGCAGGAGGGGUGCGGCGCACGUCCUGGCAAAGCACCUCGUGCCUUCUCUCUCGUCCUCUGUCUUCUUUAUUUUCCCCACCUGUACACACACGAGGGACGCCGCCGGUGCGCACCAGGUGGCAGCACAUGACUUUACAGACGACUGAAAGAACGGCGCAGCUAUGCGGCGCGCGUUCGAGGUAGCAGAAGGCGUCCAGAAGACCGACAGAAAGUUUAGAGAGAGGGUAGCGGUCGCUCGGCAUCCUCCUUUCUUGCAGCGCAGAAGAGUGACCUGAGAAGGUAUUUUCUGCGUCCCCCUUCGCCCCCACCCAACCAACAGCGGCGCCACUUCUCCCCCCCCCCCCCUGCUUCUUUCCUUCCCCCAUAACCUCCUUGUACGUACCGUGGACUACGGCGGGAUUUUUCUCUCCCGCACCCUCGUCCUUCCUUCUCGCAAGCACACUUCUCACUCAGAGCGACGCGCCUCUGGCGAAGCUGGUCCCACCCUCCCAGGCCCUUCCCACCACACACCGUUCGUCCUCCCCCCAGGGAGCGUACACCGUACAGCCUACGCACCGACGACGAAGUUUCGUCGACGAGGAAACCUGCCGAAUCCCUCCCCUCAACCUCUCUCCACCAAAGCCCGCCGCUGCAGCGACGCCAGCGGUGUCUCACCAGUAGCGUGGUGGCCUGCCAACUCUUGGGAACAAGUGUCUGUGCGUGUUCCGUUGAGAAAAGAGAAAGAACGGAAUCGCUUCGAGCCAGCAGCGCACCGGCGUCAUCGUCUCGAAGCCGCCGAAAAGCUCGGCGCUGCCUGCCACAAGGCAGGCUACCCCGGGCCAACCUCCGACCAUCCACAUCCCUCCUUUGUGUGCGCGUGAGUGGGGGAGUCGACGACCACCUCGGCGACGGGCGCUGCGCGAACGAGCGAGUGGACGGAACUAGCAACAGGUGGUGGCACGAAGCAGCCACCAUCGUCAUCAUUACAAAGCCUUCACAAGCGACCUCACCGUCCACACCAUACAAUUUCGACCGAUCGCCGUCUGUCUCAGAUUGUUGUGUGCUGUGUCUACCGCGAAUCGACGAGGGUUUGUUAAAAAACCCAAAUACUGCUUCUGCUACUACGUUGGUUGACAGAAGGCAGCAGCGCCCCAACUCGUGCCUUCUGUUUCUGUCCUUCUGCGAGGCACCCAGCUAGCAGACGUGGUCUUGUAUAAACGUCGUCUGUUCACGCCGUGUUUUGUGCUUAUAGAACCGUGUCCCCUCUCCAAAGAAUCCUCGCCAGAGUCUGCGGGAGCACAUUUCCCUGCACAAGCAUCAUGGCAUGCUCAGCGGUAACCCUGUCGAUAGCGACCAUCACGGCCGUGCUGGCUCUAGCCUGCCUGUCCAUUUCUUUCGGCACGGAUAACUGGCUCGAGACUCGCGUCAACCGGACAGCCAUCAGACAGACGUUGCAGAAGGACACGGACGACUACCGCUCGUACGAGACGAAAAUGGAGUACUUCAGCCGGGACACGGGUCUCUUCAGAAUAUGCUUCCCCGAGAAGAAGCCCAAAGGACUGGAGACCUUCAUGUCCCCAGUGCAGACGGACUGCGUCAACGUCAACUACUACAUACCCGAGAACGAGGAGUCUGACGGAUUCUCCGAGCAGCGCUGGGAGCGACUCCACAUGGCCCGCUCUGUGGUGGCGCUGUUCAUCAUAUCCUUCUUCUUCGCCUUCCUGUCCUUCUUCACGGGCAUCGCCGGCUGUUGGAAGCGCUCGAACAGCAACAUCAUCGCCACGGGACUGCUGCAGAUACUCGCAGCCCUGACGGUGGCAGGUGCGAUGGGACUGUGGCACGGCGUCGAAUACUACGACUUUAAGAAGCUGCACGACAGCCAGUCCGUCUACUCCUGGCCAGCCAUCCUGCGGCGCAAGGGCGUGACCGACUUCGCCUACGGCUGGUCCUACAUGCUGGCCUGGGCCGGCGUCGGCACCAGCCUGCUCACCGGCAUCCUCUUCCUGGCCUCUGCGCGAUGCCUCCGACGCGAGAAGAAGGCCGACCAGGCCAAGAACAUGCAGUACCUGAUGCCCGUCUACCCGGACAAGCGGCAGCCGUACGGCUACGCCGCCUACCCGGGGCCGUACGCCUACCACCACGGCUCGCAGUACGGGCCGUACGGAUACUGAUGCAACCGGGGUGCAAACUCUUUCUUCGCCGCGCGCGCUCACUACAACACCGCGAGACGCGCUACGGCCCGGUUCUGCUGCUGCACGUCACCGGCAGUAGCGACGUCAGCGCCACCUCGGGCAGACGAGACCGGGAAGGCGGCGUUAUUCCACCUACAACAUAUCGGUCCACACGGGCCGAACAGCAGCGGCGUUCGUGGCCGAUGCUGGCACCUCGGUGACUCCUCGUUGCUGAAGUGUCUUCCGGUUCUACCUUUUAGCGUCGGCUGUGCUGGAGCACCCUUCUCCCGUUUCUACUUAGCUUAAGCUGGAAGGGAGCGUGCGCAGGCGACGUGCUCUGGCUUCGGCGGAAAAACGGAUGCAAAACGUUUGUGGUAAUGGCGCCCAGCGGAACACGCUGACGGAGCCUGCAGUACGUCCCUGGUUCGCCUUCUUCCGGUCUGAGCGGAAGGGCAGCCUUACUUCCCUGCAUGGGUAUUAUACUAAACGAAAAUAAUGUGUACCGCAGCGUUGUUUAAAUCGCAUUAGUCUUAAUGCUAUUCGAAGCUUCGGAAAAAUACGUUAGUGGUGUUGGGGUAGAAGCGGCAGGAGAGGCUAUGUAGGACCACGCCUUUUGGCACCUGGAAGCGCGGAUGGGUUCUGUCGCGUAAGCGGCAUAUACGCGGUGAAAGUCUCGGCGCAGCGGGGUGACAUACGUAUGCAUCGUACGCAUAUAAAUAAACCAGCGAGCAAUACAUGCGUGAAAUUGCACGCAGAUCCGACCUCCAAGCUUGAGAAGUGUUUAGAAUAGAUGUUAGGCUUAACAUCCGACGCGCGUUGCCAGUCCUGGAGGAUGCGAGAGCCGUAUCGUCGAACGGGAAAAACCUUACUUCUGCAGAAAUUUCAAUAUCGCCCGAAAAACAACUCCUGCGCGUACACAGUGCCAGGCUGAAGAGGAAGUAAAUCUAAACGAAACAUUCCUAUAAGACUGCGCCAGCAUCACGUGGUCGAAAAAUAACUUCCGUUUUCUUCUUUCUUCCGCUAGAGUUACAAGAAAACGAGUAUAGCCGAGGGUUGAAAAUGUGUUUUGCGAUAUAGGCGGCUGAAAGAAAAAAAAUCCCUAUAUCUUCUUAUCUUGCGACAGGCAGAACAGAAGAAAAAAAAAAGAGGAAAACGGCCUGCCGGGUACUUUUGCGUAAGAGUGACUUAACAUGAAUGCAACUUCGUGCCCGACUGCGCCGCUGUGUAAAAUAUGCUCCCGCGCAGCAGUUUCUCGCCCUUUUUGUACAUAGUCUUCACUCACUCACUCCACUUUUACGCUCUAAUCAUUUUACUUUCCGUCCCUGUCGGGUCCCCCAUCUCUGCAGCUUUAUAUCGCCUAGCUAGGGCGAAGUAGCUUUUUUUUUUUCUUUGCCGGUAGGCAAGGCAUGGCUUAAGGUAAAGUCACUGCCGACAGUAUACAAAUUCUAGCUCAAUGGCAACCCCAGCGCCAACGCCCAGAGCAGCCACCCAGUCGUGCGGCUGAUGCAAAUUUACUUUCUGUAUGGACGACAGUCUCGGAACUGCACUCGUCGUCCACGCAUAUAGCUUCGCUUCACACGUCUGUCACACAAGUCUGUCGUCUGUCGUGUCAGUAGGUUGGACCCUAUCUCGGCUUUCAGUCUGUGCUAUAGGUUUAUGGUGGCUUGUUCCUUGCGCGGGCGUACAAAUGGCGUCGUGAUAGUAGUUCACUUGACUGUUUGCGCGCCAACCAACUUCCCCGCGCGCCACUUUAUAUCGCGCACCUCGCUGUAUAACUCCAUCUCGGAAGUCGUUCGCAGCGCUGUCGAAGCUGCGGGACUCCUUAGCCCACAGAAAGGCCGAAUGCACCUCGAGAUGUGUUCAUCCGCGCCUCGGCGUUUGCUGGCCGCCACAGUAAUUCGCGGUACGCGACGCGCAUGCGUGCAAAGGUCCUAACAUGCCGCGUAUAACUGAAACGUAUCAUGCACCAAGCAAAGAGAGAGAGGGAGCGGGAGGAAGAAAACCUAAUACCGCCAACAAUCAGAUAGUUACGCCUGGAACUAUAUUCUGCUGCGUAGGGGAUAUUACCUGUGUACGUCUCGUACAUUAGGCAGUGCUAUAAACGACUUGUGCGAUGGAGUAUAGCUAGCGUUCAGCUCGCGGCGGUGAACAAGUCUGCGUUGCAGGGAAGUGCCGGUGAUGGGUCGCAGCGAAGUCGCCACCCUUCUUCGAAGCAUCCAUGCAUGCCGUCCUAAAUGUGGGAAUGGUGGGCUAUGCGUUUUUCGAACCGACGCAAAAAACACUACGAGCUGCAAACUCGAUGUUUCGCAGUUGAUGUGCCUGGUGUGCGCACAGUUGACAGAACCAAACAGCCUGCCGGAAAUAUGUAAUAGUGUUGUUUUUUUUCGCUCCCUUUUGUUUGCUAUUAAUUGCAGGUGUGUGGUAAAAGAUAUACAGCAUGAUGAUGCGCAUGAUCUGUGGUCUGGUAUGUAAAACUAACAAGUUCCAUCCGCUUUUCGUGUUCGGCGCUGGUUCCGGAAAAGAAAAGCUCAUGUUUUUGCGGCUUUCUUUUUUAAUUUAUUUUCCUCGUGCCAACAUCGAAACAAAUUCUGCCACCGUUACUUCUAGAUCCCACAUAUAUUUCCGUAGUUUUUGUUUUAAGCGACCGGAGAAACGAAGCCGCUGACUUGGCCUCCCGUUAAAAAAAAAAAAUAUCCUUCACGCCGCGCUCUUAUCUGUAUCCCAAGUCAGCCGCUUCGGCGCUUCUGUCAACCCGCACACAGCUACGCGCUUCUUUCGUCUGUGUGUGUAAUUUAAUUCGGAGGUAAUAAGAAAACAUCGGGGACUACGGGGAUCCAUCUAACACAGCGCCCGGGCCCAGUGAUACUCAUGAGUGCACACUUGUGGCGCCAUCUACCGGGAGCCGCCGGCAGCCCGGGCUUUGCACCAACCCUGUGUGUGCGGCAACACCAGUGUAGAGUGUUCGCUUUACAGGUCCCACGGACGUUACUCACCACUAGGGUUCGGUGUUCCAGUUAUAUAUAUACAUAUCUAUAUAUAUUUUUUUGAAAUUCACGCGAGCGUAAACGUCACGUGCUGCACACGCGUUUUGCUUGGUCUGCGCGCUCGCUCAACACGCCGCAGACGACGGAGGAGCGUCCAGACGGACACGCAAACGGAAGAUCUGGAGAGAGAUGUCACGUGUUCCGUGUGUGUUGUGUCGACGACAAUGUAUGUACGUUGGCGCGGUGUGUGCCUAACUAACAAAGAAUGGAUGGUUAGCUAUGUAGCAGCUCCGCCUUGAGUGUAUAACCGCAAAACCGUCGAAGUGCCCAUGAUGCGAUAAACGAUUCGCAGAGUGCACAACCAUGCGUUGAGCAGACGAUCAGCAAGGAUUAAACCGAAUAAUUUGAGCACAACUGCUGAUGCGUGUGGUAAAAGCACUUAAAAAGAAAGAAAGUUUCGCGGAAAGUGUUUCGGGCGCCUUCUGGUUGUCUAAUGAGUGACUGAAACGCAUCAUCGCUUGUCGUGAGAAGUAUGACUGUAGCCGCGACACCGAAAAAAAAAAAAAAUUGUUCAUAGAAAUAAAGCGAUACCAUGCACUGCGCACAACUGCUCUGCAGCUUGAAGCUGUGGGGCAUUGAUUUUUUUAUUAUUAUUAUUUUUUGCACUCGAGCGAGUCAUAUGUACUGAGUGUGUUUGUAGAGUGGUACUGAAAUAAAAUCAACGUGAACGACCAACAAAGCAAAGGACAAAAAAAUCUGCUUAUUCCUUGGCGUGGCAACA